AACAAAGCAUAAUUUUACCACAAUACAAUUUUUCUUAGUAUUGUGAGAUAAUUAUGUAUAAUUCGGAAGAAACAUGCGCAAUAUUUUUUCCUAUGUGAAUGCAUUAUACUUCCGCACAUUACGCUUCCGUAGUAAUAGGGAAACUGAAACUUACAAGUUUGGUAGGCUAUGUAGUUUAGUUAAACGCGACCUUGUGUCAUCAUUACACAUGGCCUACGUUGUUUUAGAUUUAUUUUUUAACUAUUCCUAACUAAUGAGAAUCUUCCUGCAGUAGGCCAUUUAUUUCACUGUCAACGCUUCGCGAAGAAACAGUUUUGAACUUCAACAGAAGAUGCGUUUGCUUCCUGAUUUAUUUGGAGUCGACCUGAACAACAAAUAAAAUACGAUAGGAAAAAUAAAUAUUGAGAAAGAAAUACCCAAUAUGGAGUCAGGCGCAAAGGGGCCGUAUCCAACAGACAUGGGAGAGAAUGAUCCAGAAGAAGAGCUGAGACUGAUCCUGAUUGGAAAGACGGGAUCUGGGAAGAGCGCCUCAGGGAACACCAUCCUGGGCGGAAAACACUUCCUGUCCAGGUGUAGCGCCGGCUCUGUUACCAAGGUCUGCCAGCUGGGGACCUCUGACUACCCUGUGGAGGAGGAGGCGGGGAGGAGGAGCAGGAGGAGGAGGGUGGUGGUGUUGGACUUACCAGGUUUUGGAGACACACACCUGACCCAGGAGCAGAUCAUCACAGAGAUCAGUCGAUGCGUGGCCCUGACGGCCCCCGCCCCCGGCCCCCACGCCUUCCUCUUGGUGGUCCAGGUGGGACGCUACACAGAGGAGGAGAACAUGGCCGUCACUAUGAUGGCUGCUGUAUUUGGUGAAGCGGCGGUCUGCAACCACACGGUGGUGCUGUUCACCAGAGGAGAUGACCUGGAGGAGCCGAUAGAGCAGUACCUGGCCAGCGCACCUGAUAGGCUCAAGGCUUUGCUUGAAAGGUGUGGAGGCAGGUACCACGUUCUUAACAACGAGGCGCCCAGCGAUGUGCAGCAAGUUCACGAGCUGCUGGGAAAGGUGGAGCAGGUUGUGGAGGACAACGGUGGAGGGUGUUACACCAACGCCAUGUACCGGGAGGUAGAGGCAGCAAUCAAGGAGGAGAAGGACAGGUUAAGGAGGGAGGAGGAGGAAAGGGUAAGGAUGGAGGAGGAGGAGAGGGUUAGGGGGGAGGAGGAUUGA